AUGACCUCCAAGACGACAGGCGCUGCGGCUGUUGCCUGUGCCGGCCUUGCCGGGCUGGGCUUCGUGAUCUCUCCAGACUCCGCGAAUCGCCGCGUGUCAGCCCCUGUCCGGGCGGCAUCGACCAAGGCAGCCCCAUCAGAAGCAGGCAGUGCUUUGACUGUGGGUGCGGCGGCGGCCACUGCUGCCGGUGCAGUCGCGGCGUCCACACGACGGAAGUCCCGGGCCAGCAGAGAUGGGGCCAAGAAGAGGACUGCCGUCAAGGUGACUCCGGACGAUAUGGAUGAGGUUUGUGAGCAGACCGGGGUCACCCUCAGCCGUUACUGCAUAGAGCUGGCCAACCGCGGCAUCAUUGACUCCGACCUGGACUCCAUCUUGAACUCAAUCCGUGAGGCCUCGAAGGUGAUCGCGAAGCUUGUCAACACAGCUCCGCUCCAGCAGGCCGAACUCUUGGGACUGCAGGGUGAGAUCAAUGUUCAGGGUGAAGACCAGAAGAAGCUUGAUGUCAUUACCAACGAUGUCUUCAAGAACGCGCUGCGAUACACAGGCAAGCUGGGAACCCUCGCCUCUGAGGAGGAAGAUGAGCCGGUGGAUGGCUGGCUGGGAACGAACGAGAGCGAAGCCAUUCCUGUACUGUCAGAGGAGUUCGCAGAGACUGGCAAGUACAUCUGUGUCUUUGACCCCCUGGACGGCAGCAGCAAUGUGGAUGCCGGCAUCCCUGUCGGUACCAUCUUCGGGGUCUUUGAGGAGCCGAAUAUGGCGGAGUGCGAGCUGCCCGAAGAUCUUUCAGCUGGCUUGACAGAUGAGCAGCAGAGGUGCCUUGCAGGCACCUUGCAGCCCGGGAAGUCCUUGGUGGCUGCCGGCUAUGUUUUGUACUCGGCCUCAACGGAGCUGGUCCUGACGUUCGGACACGGCGUUGUCGGCUUCACGUUGGACACCAGCAUCGGCGAGUUUGUCAUGACUCGGCCCUCGAUCAAGAUUCCGGCAAGGGGCAAGAUCUACUCCUGCAAUCAGGCCAACAUUGCGGAGUGGGACGAGCCGAUGAGGCAGUACAUCAGUGACAUCCGCGAUGGAAAAGGUCAAGCUGGCAAGCCAUAUUCCCUUCGCUACAUCGGCUCUAUGGUCGGGGACAUCCACCGCACCUUGCUGUAUGGCGGCAUCUUUGCGUACCCAGCGGACAACAAGAACCAGGAUGGAAAAUUGCGGCUUCUCUAUGAAGGUGCCCCGAUGUCCUUCAUCAUGGAACAAGCCGGCGGCAAGGCGAUCACAGGACACAGCCGAGUUUUGGACAUUCCUCCGCAAUUCGUCCACCAGCGCGUGCCGGUGAUCUUGGGCUCGGCGGAGGAUGUGGAUGAGUGCCGCAAAUAUUUCGAGGAGUCGGAUGAUCCAGCUCUGAAGGAGCGCUGCGACCGCCGACUUAAGGGCCUGGUGAAAGCGUAA